UGUUAUAAGGAAAUUAAAUGAGGAUAUAGAGGCGAUGAUACCAAAUCUAACGAUCAUUGACGACAUGAGCGAACCGGAACAAUUUCGUCAUAAUUAUAUACUUUUACAAAACUUCAUUAGACAAUUGAAGACUUUCGAUGACUAUGUCCAGUGGAUUAAUAAGGAAGAGAAGUUAUUUAAAAUGGCACAAACGCUAUAUCCUAAGCUGGAAGUUAUGAAGGGAUUCAUAAAACCAUUUGCAGAAUUAAUGAAAUCUUGCAUUGAAUGGAUGCGCUACCUAAAUGUUUGGAUGUAUGGACCUUUCGAGUAUCUGGAGCCGAAAUUUGUCGAAGAAACCACAGAUGACUUCUUAAAAGAGUUCCAGAAAAAUCAAAAAUACUAUCGCGUGAAAAUUCGACAAGAUCAAAUAGAAAAUCCGAUAUGCAUGUUCAGGGUAAGCUAGAAGAUUAU